UGGGAAAAGGAGGUAAAGAGAGAAUGAAAGAGAAAAAGAUAGAGAGCGAGCGAAAAGGAAGAGAGAGAGAGAGAGAGAGAGAGAGAGAGAGAGAGAGAGAGAGAGAGAAAAGGGAAAGCAGUUGGGGUCGGGUGGAGGAAGGAGAUCGGUACGAAAGCAAAGUCUUAUAUAUACGAUCGGUAACCCGUACACUGCCAAGCCAUUCAAGCGUUUGACUCGUCGCGAGACACAGGUUACUUCACACAACCAUCAACUGGUCUAAGUGAUACAGAUACUUAAUACCAGAGCCUCAGUGUCUGUGUUCGCGUGUGAAAGUGUGCAAAAACGAUAUCUACAUCAAACUGCAUCGCAGAAGCUUGCAGCAUCCGCACUCAAUCAGAUCCUCUUGUCCUCCGCACUUAAUGAUGUGUUGCAUUCGCCGUCAGUUGCCGCCUACAACGCCUUUGGCAAUGCCAAUGGAGCAGGUGCAGGUGGAGCUGAUGAAACGGCAUUGCUGCACUCCUUGCCAUUGCGAUCGUUUCGUGCAACAACAAAAGAAGGAAAAAAAAGACACACAGCAGGAGUUUCAACACCUUCAGCAGGAUCUUCUUUCUGGAGCGACACGAGCGAUGCGCAGUGCGCUCCGUUUGCUGCAGGAUCUAGCGUAUCGCUUCCAGCGUAGCGCUUUCUAUAGCAUUCUCACCAACACUACGCAGCCAAGUCAUGCUAUCACUGUGCUGGUGGUAUCGCUAGUAGUGGUUGCCCUCUGGCCGAACCUGCUCGGUACUAGCACUACAUCCAGGGAACCUGUAGCAUACCAAGUGCCAAAUCACACAUUCCACUCUAGCGGUCUGCUGACGCAGAUUGCCUACAUUGGCUCCUUUACGAUUCACUUUGGAGCGCAGAUUUGGAUGACUUUCGUCUCGGGACUUGCACUUUACUUCUCACUGCCACGCCACACGUUCGGGCUGAUCCAGGAAAUUUUGUUCCCCAAGUAUUUUGCGCUCGGUACCGGCCUGAGCACGAUCAGCCUGGUGAGCUUCGUGGAGUUGCGGCGCAACCACCGGCCUGACAUAGCCCACCUCAGCCUAGCGCACUGGGACCCAGCAGAUCUGUUGCAGAUCGGGGCGCUCGGGCUGACCGCUGUCUUGGAGUUAUUCGUCCGACUGUACCUCGCACCGCCCAUGCUACGUUUGAUGCAUGAAAAGCAUCGCAUCGAAGCGGUGGCCAUGGUCGGCCAGGAGAUCGGUCAAUUCGAUGGAGCGGAAAGCCCGCAGCUCGCCCGCUCACGCCACUACGCUACCACACAUAAACAGUUCCGUCAGAUCCACAUGGCAACCGCGAUUCUGAAUAUCGUCACUCUGUCGUGUACCUGCGUGCAUCUACUCUACCUGGCAACGCACGUCAACAUUUGAGUAUGUCUCUGAGAGGUCUCAGGUGGUUAGAAAUUAACCUGACGAGGCCCACACUAUAAACUAUCAACCUUCAUCAUCUUUAUCAUCAGCCAAGCUACCAAGUGCACCGGAACUCCACUUGUAUGUCAACUGUAGUUACAUUAAAAUCUCAGCCAGAGUCCGAAAGGGACCGGCAAGUCUUCAAUUUGGCCGCAUUUCCGACUGCCACAGAGCUGGUGGGGUUGAUGGCUAGCAUUGUAAAGCUGAAAUAGACGUUUAAGGGCACGAAUGGUAUAGACCAGGGGUCUCUAACUCGUGGCCCGCGAUACUAUUUUUUGCAGCCCGUGGCCACGUCCACCACGUAAAAUGACACGUAAAAUUAAAUGGAAAAAAAACCUUUUUUGGUGUAAUGCGGCCCGCCAGCUGAGUGUUGCAUUCCAUUACGGUUCGCUGGCUGUCUGUUACUAUCCACUGCGGCCGGGAUGCUAAUAUAUUUGAGACCUUUGGUACAGACGCUCUUUUGACUCAUACUGCCGCACGGUGGACCUUCAUCAGUAUUGAUUCCUUCCAUUCGGAGGAGUCGGAGCGAUUCAAUCGAAAGGAUGUUUUAGAUGUUCGAUACUGUGAUACUCGUCAAGGCAACCGCUGUGUGCCGUAUUAUCAUGCUUCAACGCCGCAAUCAACGCGAGAAGACAAAGGAAUUGAAGACAACAAUGUUACGUUUCAAUGGUGAUGUGUUUCACGUCCUAGCGCUGCAAACAGAAGUAUUGAGUGUUAAGUGAUAUAUACAUUUUGCCAGACUGCUAGCCCGGCGAAUAUGAGUGUGUUGCUAGUUACGCUAAGGUGCACGUUCCUGCUAGUAGGUCUACGCAUGUUUCAUUUUAGCUUUAGAUGUAAAUUUGACAGUAUGAUAACAACCAUAUGUAAAGCUAUAAAUUGGAUUAGAAUGGUUGGUUGCUGGAAUGGUUCCUGCUCUGAUAAAAUAUCUUAGUGCAUUUGCAACGCAUUUAUUUGAACACCGCAACACCAAAUUUGGGACAAUCGGCAGAUGAUUUGGGGUAUCGGUCAUAGAUACAUAGAAACGAUAGUCAUAGUCAUACAUAGUCAUAGAAACGAUGUAGAUCGCACUUCAAAAGGUUUCUACAAAUUUGCAAAACUCAUAUUCAUUUGCCAAUGUAAUGGUUGAAAAAAUGAAUGAAGUUGGCCAUAUGGUGCACUUCUUUUGAACUGCAUUUUCAAAUGCAAUGGACUGUCAACAUAUAAGAUGAACUUACAAUAACGCACCAACAUGGGGAUUAUUUCAUACAGCAGAGCAAAUACAAUUAGAAAAUACCAA